AUGCUGGUGAAGCGGUUUUGCCUCAUCUUCUGGUGGGCAUGCCACCUUCAGUUUUCCCAAGUCAUCUCUGAGGAGCAAGAACUUGGCACUCCACAAAAGUGUAAAGAAGCAGAUUUUGUCCCCGGAUACAACUUUGGUGGUGAAGGUUUUGACAUUGUGACAAUGGAGAGAAAAGGCUCCUACGUCAUUGACAUGGAAAAAUGGGACAAAGGAAACGGCACAUGCAUAUUAAAGAACAACCAGUUUAUGAACAAAGCGAAGCAGAAAUUGCCUGCUGCUGUGGUGGACUGGAGAGCACAGUCUCACUGCUCCAUGAAGGUCUCCAGCAGGGUCUAUGAAUCCAGCGAGUCACUCGUCAACGAUUCCACUUCAUCGGUCAGUAAUAAUUGGAAAGUUGGUCUGGAACUACCAAAGGUUUCUUCGGCAUCUUUUGGGGGAACUCACUCCAGAGAGGCAACACAUGCCAUGAAGAAAUCUAAAGAAGACAAGUACAGUUUUACCAAACAUGAGAUCAAAUGCAACUUUUACAGAUACAGAAUAACCCGUAAACCCCCUCUGCACCAAAACUUUCUUGAAGCCAUUAAAAGCCUUCCAAACGUUUAUGAUGCUCAGGCCUACCACCAAGUAGUUGACACUUAUGGCACUCAUUACACGUCCAAGGUUAUCCUGGGUGGGAAAAUGAAAGCCAUUACAGCAAUCAAAUCCUGCAAGGCUUCUAUGAGUGGGUUAACAGACACUGCAGUGAAGGACUGCUUGGAUGUUGAGGCCACCAGAACAAUUAAGGAGGGAACUAUGAAGACAGAGCUCCAGCACUGUCAGGAACUGAAGAAGAAGAUGGGCACUCAACGGAGCUUCAGCAGUAUGUUCAACGACCGUGAAACAGAAAUCAUUGGAGGGAACAUCAAUGGAGAGGAUCUGAUGUUUUCUAUCAAAUCCCAUCCUAACACUCUUAAAGCAUGGGUGGAGUCUUUGAAGACCAUACCAGACGUGGUCACGUACUCUCUCCAACCACUUCACUUACUUUUGGAUAAAAAACAUCCUGCUAGGAAUGGACUGAAGAGAGCAAUUGUGGACUAUAUCAAGGACAAUGCGUUAAAGAAAGUUUGCUCUGAAAAAUGUAAGAUCGGAAGGCAGGGCAGUGCUAGGGAUCGUUGUGCUUGUGUGUGUAACAGAAGUAAAAAUAUACACUGUAACUGCUGUCCUGCUGGAAAAGGUCUUGCUACACUGAGAGUCUAUGGACUCAAGGCCAAAGGUUUAUACGGUGAUAGAACAACUCAAACAGAUGGCUCUGUAGUGGUGUCAUAUGGUUCUAUAAGUAAGCGCACUGAGGUGAUUGACAAUAAUGACAAUCCCCGUUGGCCAGACAGUUUUGAGUUUGGGCCCAUUAAGUUUUCCAUGAGUUCAAAAAUCAAAUUUGCAGUCUAUGAUGCAGACAGUUAUUGGAACAGUGAUCUCCUGGGAGAAUGCUCUUUCGAUCUUAGAAGCGGGAAGGUGACUGACACUUGUAUGUUUGCAUAUGGUACCUUCUUCUUUUCCUACGUUGUGGAAUGUGCUCCCAGUCUAAGAGGUCCAAAAUGUGAGGAAUAUGGUGCCUCACCCAUGGAGCCCUCACUGGCCAAGAUAUUCCACUCCAGGAAUGGCAUUCUGGCUAAAGAUCUGUGGAAGCUGGAGUUAGGGCAGAAUUACACCAAUGAAUUCAGCAUUUGGAGUCAUAAGGGCAGGUAG